CAAUUGCAAUUUGCAACCGGUAAGGAAUAUAGGCUUUGAAGAUUUUUGAGUUUGAUUUUGAAAUAUAAUAAGGACCAGUGAAAUCACCUCGUUAGAUACUUACAUCUACUCGCGCACGUGACACCCUCACAAAAACAGCAAUCAAUACUCUUGUUCCAUGAACUUAACGAUGUACUAUUAGCAUUUGGGUUAACUGAACCUUAAAUGCGGCAUCCCCAGAUAGUGAGAUAUCCCCAGAUACCGAGAUAGACGAUGCAGCUGAUCGAGAGUUAUCCUUCAGGAUGUUCUUGACAGAUGAACGUGGUCUGAACUUUAAACCACUUCAGUCUGAAUCUUCUGUGAGCCCUGUUAUCAUUACAAGAGUUUUAGUCGAGUGGAAUGAGGGUGAACAUGAAAAAUAUGAUUCCAGAUACUUGUGUGACCUUCCAGAGGUUCAUAAAACCAGUUUCUCAGCAAAGAAGACAAGACAAGAAGCUAUAUCUCUGUUUUCGUGUUUGGAGGCCUUUUUAGCAGAAGAACCUCUCGGACCGGAUGACAUGUGGUUUUGUCCAAGCUGCAAAGAACACAGACAAGCGAACAAAAAGCUAGACCUGUGGAAAUUGCCAGAUUUUCUUGUGUUCCAUUUAAAACGGUUCACGUAUAGUAGAUAUCUCAAGAACAAGAUUGACACGUUUGUGAAUUUUCCAAUUCAGGAUCUAGACUUGAGAAAGUACGUGAAAAACAAUAAUGGCCAGUCAUAUGUAUAUGAAUUAUAUGCCGUUAGUAAUCAUUACGGUGGACUUGGUGGUGGUCACUACACAGCCUAUGCUAAGGUUGGUGACUUGAUUGGUCUCACUAUCUAUUUCUUGAUCGAUGACAACAAAUGGUAUCAUUUCGAUGACAGUCAUGUGUCAUCUGCAAAUGAAUCUGAAUUACAAGACUCAGCUGCAUAUGUUCUUUUCUACCGAAGAGUAAGAAGUGAAACUGAGACACAAACAGCUGAGAUGUCCAGUGAUAUGGAUUAG